UCUCUCUCUCUCCACCCUCCUUCCUUCCUUCCUCCUUCCUUCCUUCCUUCGGAUGGCUUGAGGCCGGCGGCGGGGCGGGGGCGGCGUGCCCGGGACGCUUCCCAGACUCGGGGAUCCCGCCGCAGAUCCGGGGGGCGGGCCCUGCCACCGCCGGCCUCAACAAUGGCGGAGGGGGCCCCGAGCCAGAAGAGGACUCCCCUCUACCGGAGCGUCUCCUUCCAGCGCUUGGCCAAGUGGAGCGGCCCGGCCCAGCCCGACGGAGGAGGAGGCGGAGACCCUCGGGGGGAGCCCCCUCUUCCUCCGCCACCGGAGCCCAUCGGGCGGCGGUCGCCCGGCCGCGCCGCUUCCUUCAGCGUCUCCUCCCGCCCAGCACCAGCCGAGCCGGCCGGCCGCGCCCUGCGGAGCCUCUCGCCCUCCGUGCGCCAACUUUCCCAGCGCUUCUGCCCUCCCCGCGCCGCCGCCGGCUCCGAAGUCCAGCCUCCUCCCGCGGCUCCGGCCGGCCGCGGAAGAGCCACCUGCGCCCGCCCCGUCGCCGCCGCCGCCGCCGCCCAGAAGGAGCUCGGGGGCUCCGAGGCCGGCGGGACGCCCCCGCCCGAGCAGCCCCCGGCCCCGCCGCCCCGCAGCAGCAGCACCACCGCCGCCGCCUCCUCCUCCUGCUGCAAAGGGCCGGGCGAGGCGCCGGCGCCGGACUGGCCCAGCGUGACGGAGAUGCGCAAACUUUUCGGCGAGAGUUUUCGGCGGCAGCAGCAGCAGCAGCUCCAGGCGGCCGAGCGAGGACGGGGCGGCCCGGCUGAGGAGGAGGGAGGCGGCUGGCGGAGCAAAGCGGGGCCGCCGUCGGGCUCCGACCACCUCCCGGGGGCUCCGCUGCUUCCCGACGGCGGGCCCUGCUGGGCUGAAGAGCGGCGGGGCGUCCCUCCUCCUCCGCCGCCUCGCAGCUGCAUCCCCUUCGCGGGGCUCCGGGCGCCUCGGGGUCCCUCAGGCCCGUCGGAGAGGCCGCCGCCGCCGCCGCCUCAGCUGUGGGAUACUUCGCAUUCCUGGCAUAGUUCGGCCUCGCCGGCCGCCGCCUCGCCGUCGCCCCCCUGCCCGGCCUGGGGCGGCUGGGUCCCCCCGGAGGUCUCCAGCAGCAGCGAGGACGAGUUGAGGCCUUUGCCCCGUGGGAAGAGCCCCCCAAGGCCCUCCUCAGGCAGUGAGGAAGAGGAGGAGGAGGAAGACCACCGGAUGGUGCCCCAUAAUAGACGCUGCCUUGAGAGGAAGAAGAGGGAAACUGAGGCCCAGGUGGCGGCCGGCAUGGAGUGGCACCUCAAGGCCCAGCUGGACCUUUCUGGGGGUCUCCUGCCCCCCCAGGAGGAGGAGAGGACUACCCCAGAAGCCAAAGGGGGCUCCAUUGCUGAGGAACUCAGGCCGCUUUUGGGGGUCCCCCCUGAGGGCGGCAGGCCCUUCCUGGGCACCCCAGCCCCCCUUUCCUCGGGGCCUCCCCUGCCUCUGGUGUCCCGGGUCUCCAAGGUCAACAUCCCCCCCUUUGCGUCCAGCCCGGCCGGCUCCCGAAGUAGCAGCAGAUACUCCAGUACGGAGACUUUGAAGGAGGAUGACCAACCGGGGGUCUUCUGGACCGGCCCAAGCAAGCUGGGUCUCGGUUUGGGUCGGACCCCCAGUUUCAACCCAAGCGACAGCCCUGCCAGGUUGCAGCCCCCCAUCCGGGCCCGUCCCAAGCUGCCGUCGGGCUUGGGGAGGUCCAAGCAGGAGUUGUCCUCCUUUGAGAGUUUGCUGCCUUGCGGCCUUGAACCGGCGGCCAGAUCCAAGCACCAGAAGUCCAUGUCCAAUCCGGAUAUUGCCAGUGAGACCAUGGCCCUCCUCAGUUUCCUGAAAUCGGACUUGUCGGAGCUGAAGGCCAAGAAAAGGGGCAGUAGGUUGAGUGACCAAGAAGACGUGGCCUUUGGUGGAGGCAACGGUGAUGGUCUCAGCAGAUAUGAACAUUAUCCCCAGGGAGGAACCGAGCACCAGUUGGUGGGGAGAUCCCAAGGUGAGGUUCAACCCCCGAACCGUUGGGUCUUGGGCCACCGUCCAACCCUGAAGGACCUCACGGCGACUCUGAGACGGGCCAAAUCCUUCACUUACUCGGAUAAACCAGCUUCCCGCCGCCUUUAUCUGCAGAAUGCCAUGAAGUCGAGCUCUUCGGAGCUUCUGCUGACCACUCGAUUCGACCACAAUGGUGUGGUUUCCGACAGCCGAGACAGGGAAGAGGAGGUGCUCCCUGUAAUCAUUCAAGAUCAGUACAUCCAAGAAGCCAGGCAGGUUUUCGAGAAGAUAAGUAAGAUUGGCUCAGAACAUGACUAUAAUUUCGCUUUGGAGUCCAAGGAAAGGGGGAAGGACGGGACGGAGGAGGGAGAGGAGGCCCCGAAUGAAGAAAGCUGCGGUCAGUGCUUGGAGAAAGCUGGUUCCGAAGGAAACUUAUCCUGCAGGAAAUCUUUAGAAGAAGGUCCUGAAUCCAGUAUGACCGAUGAAGGAAUUGUGACCGAGCCAGAGACCUCUCCUGCCUACAGUUAUCUCGAUCCCUCCGUGGCUGCGUGGAAGUUGGCCAACCGAAGAGGAACGGAGGCCGGUGAGAGGAAGGAGAAACUUCUCCCAAACCAUCUAACCAAAGGGAACGAGAACGUGGCGGUUGUGGAGGAGGUGCUCCCCAAUCACAAGACGGUGUCCCAGGGUUUGCCGGAGACCCCUCUGACUCCCAGCGCCCUUCGGCGCCGGAGAAAGUUCCCAUCCUUGGGAAACAAUGGGUCCGAAUCCAGCAACGGGAGCAGCGGAGAAUCCACUGGCGAUUCCUACAGGUCUCUCAGCGACCCCAUGCCCCACAGAAGGUGCUCCAUCACAGAGGACUCCAAGAACUUCUCCGUGGACAGUAACCUCCUGGGGUCGUUGAAUUCGAAGCCCGGCGUCUUAGAUGCUUCGGCCGCCGCUUUGUCUGACUGCACAGGGAGCGCUGCCAGCGACCUCUCCGUCUGCAGCGACGGCCUGAAGGAUUAUAGCACCGUGAUCCAGAACAUCGUCAGCCAGCCUGGGGCCAUGGACAAGGUGAUCGACGAGAAGGGGAACGGGAAGCCCAUCAAGAAGAAGUCUUUCAGCGAUCCCAGCCGCCGUGGCGAGCAUGCCAGCCCCGGCUUCAUGGGCGCCGGAGAACCCAUCAACGAGAUGGAGCAGAACAUUCUUCCGUCCAGCAGUGAGCCUAUCCUUUUGGAGCGAAGGGGCCAGUCCACGGAGCAGGAAGCGCACAGGUUGUCCUCCCAGUCGGAGCAAAUUCUGCCGAUGCCUCCAGAAGACAAUGAGGUCCCUCAAAACUUCAGCUUUGAUCCCAAGCUGGCUGAAGUCCUGUCGCCUAGGAUAGUUCGGCGAAGUUCCAAGAAGCGCAGCGACCGAGCGAAUAGCCAGGAUUUGAGCAAAAAGGAAGAAUUGACGCUUUCUUCCCCCGUGCCCACCACGCUGGGCAGAGCAAGGCCAGCCUCCAAGCAUGUGCGCCACACCAGUGAACCCGCCACCUUCCUCCCCAUCUCCGAUGCCCACCUGCCCAGUUCGCUCUAUCAGAAUGCCCACCCUGCCAUCCAGGAGCUCCCACACCUGCCUACCAAACCUUCCGCAGCUCUUCAGGUUCCAUCCUUGGAGGAUGUUACCAAACGCUACAUGUUGACUCUGAGUUCUGGGGAGACCCUCCCCAACAGCACUGUGGAUACCCCCAGAUCGUCGCCUUCCACCCCAACCACCACGGAACCCAAGCUCCCCAGAUGCCCCAAACACCAUGGAGAUCUGAAUGCCAGCAGCUCCAGGACCAAGCCACAAGUGGAUAUGCGGAAACAUGUCACCAUGACUCUGUUGGACACGGAGCAAUCCUACGUGGAGUCUCUCCGUACCUUGAUGCAGGGUUACAUGAAGCCCCUGAAACAGCCGGAAAAUUCCACCCUCUGCGACCCUUCGCUGGUGGACGAGAUCUUCGACCAGAUUCCGGAGUUGCUGGAACAUCACGAGGAGUUCCUGGAGGAUGUCUCCGAAUGUGUUCAUAACUGGCACGAGAAGCAAAAAGUGGGGGAGAUCCUGGUAGAGUCUUUUUCCAAAGACAACUUGGUGAAUAUUUAUUCUGCCUACAUCGAUAAUUUUCUAAAUGCCAAAGAUGCCAUAAGGAUUGCCAAGGAAGCCCGACCAGCGUUUAUGAAAUUUCUGGCGCAAAGCAUGAGGGAAAACAAAGAGAAACAGGCCCUUUCCGACCUCCUGAUCAAACCAGUCCAACGAAUUCCACGCUACGAACUUCUGGUCAAAGACCUUCUCAAACAUACUUCGGAGGAGCAUCCAGACUACCCGUUGUUGAUAGAAGCUCAGAAGAGCAUCAAGCAGGUAGCCGAGAAGAUCAACAAAGGGAUGAAGAGCGCAGAGGAGGUGGAAAGGAAUGCCCGGAUAGUGCAGGAGAUCGAAUCCCACAUUGAAGGGAUGGAAGACCUUCAAGCUCCACUUCGGAGGUUCUUACGGCAGGAGAUGGUGGUGGAAGUGAAGGCAGUGGGUGGGAAGAAGGACCGGUCGCUGUUCCUCUUCACCGACUUGCUGGUUUGCACUACGCUGAAGCGCAAGUCGGGGUCCCUGCGACGGAGCUCCAUGAGCCUCUACACGGCAGCCAGUGUGAUCGACACUGCCAGCAAGUACAAACUGCUUUGGAAGAUGCCUCUGGAGGACGUAGAGAUUGUGAAAGGGAGCUGUCAGUCCAGCAAUCGCGACAGCAUCCAGAAGGUCAUCUGCCGCUUGGACGAAGACCUCAGCACGCUUGGCCAAGUCAGCAAACUCUCCGAGGCCCUCAGUUUCCCCCACCAGACCCUGGAUGACGUCAUCAAGGAUUUAAUGGCCGCCAUCCACCGGGAAUUGACCGAAAAACAGUCCGUGUCCUUCAGUCUCUCCUUCCCUCCCAACAAAAUGGAGCUCACCGUCACCAAAUCUGACAGCACCGAUUCUCACAUCUUUGAAUUUCCCAAUCCGGACGCCCGGCACAGUUUUGAACAGAGUUUCGAGGACGCCAAGAAGAAGCUAGGUAGUUUAUAGUUUAUACUUCUACACAAAAACUGUCUUGAUCCGGAGUUCCUGAAGGCCAUUCCCAUUAUGAAAACACGGAGUGGGAUGCAAUUCUCCUGCGCCUCCCCCAGCCACAGCAACCCGGAGAAUGCCUACGAGGUCUGGGUCUGCAACAGCGACGGUUACGUGGGCCAGGUUUGCCUGCUGAGCAUCAAGAAGGAGCCCAUCGUGGAAGCCUGCAUCGCCGUCUGCUCCGCCCGGAUCCUGUGCAUCGCCUCCGUGCCGGGUCUCAAGAGGACCUACAGAGUCUCCACAGCUUUUGGAGCGUCCAGUCUCUCUGCCAGCCCAGCUUCGGAGCCGGCAAAUCCCACCCUGGAUGAGACAGUACCUCAACCCUGUUUGCACAUCUCCAUUUCCGGUUCUUCUCUGGAGAUCUCGGAGCCAAUGGACACCACCGGCCGGGAACUCGUCCCGUUUGACAGCGAUGAUACCGACGACGAGUCUUCGCCAAGUCCUUCCGGUACUCUUCAGAGCCAUUCCACCGUCUCCAGUUUUACAAAUGAGGAGAUCCCCAGCUCCAAAGACGUGACGGUGGAGACCACCAGCUCGGAAGAGGAGCAGGAUCCCAGCGGCUUCCUUCCGAUCGGUCGCCCCUUUGGCCAGAACCAGAUCGUCGAAAGCCCCAUGGAUGGCCGAGCUAUGAGACGCUCCAGUCAAGGAUCCUUCACCAGGGCCAGCUUGGAAGAUCUGCUGAGCGUGGAUCCGGAGGCCUAUCAAAGUUCCAUGUGGCUGGGCACGGAGGAUGGUUGCAUCCACGUCUAUCAGUCUUCGGACAACAUCCGCAACAGGAAGAACAGCCUGAAGAUGCAACACACGGCCUCCGUGACAUGCAUUUUGUAUCUGGAUAACCAGGUGUUUGUGUCUCUGGCCAACGGAGAACUGGUCGCCUAUCAGAGGGAAGCAGGACGUUUUUGGGACUCUCAGAACUCCAAAUCUCUCUUGUUGGGCUCUCCGGGCAACCCCGUAACCAAGAUGGUAGCCGUGGGAGGGAAGCUGUGGUGUGGAUGCCAGAACCGAAUCGUUAUCCUCAAGACUUCUACGCUGCUUCAGGAGCACACAUUCCUGGUUGGGCAAGACAGCAAUCGCAGUGUGACCUGUUUAGUGACCUCCAGCGUCGGGAUUUGGGUGAGCCUCCAGGGCAGUGCCCAGGUCAGGCUUUAUCAUCCUGCCAGCUAUGACCAGUUGGCUGAAGUGGACGUCACCCCUCCGGUCCACAAGAUGCUGGCAGGAUCAGAUGCCAUCAUCCGACAACACAAGGCGGCUUGUUUGCGGAUCACUUCCCUCUUGGCCUGCAAAGAUCUCCUCUGGAUCGGCACCAGCGCAGGGGUCGUGCUGACCCUUCCCAUCACAGGCAACCCGGCUGUUCUAAAGACCCCGCUUCUCCCGGUGGGACUUUCCCAAGGCCACACCGGUCACGUCCGAUUCCUAACGUCCGUCGAGCUGCCCGAAGGUUUUAACGUCCUUUUUCCCCUGCCAGGAGAACCAGGUAUAGACAAAUCCAGUGAAUCGGACAAACGGGAUUCAACGAGACACCGGUCGUCCAAAUCCAAAAUGCUCGUGGUCAGUGGUGGUGACGGCUAUGAGGACUUCAGACUCACCAACAGCAGUGAGACCGUGGGCCGGGACGACAGCACAAACCACCUCCUUCUCUGGAGAGUCUGAUGUGGGUCAGAACGGGCCCUCCCCCACCCCCCAGUUGGGGUGGGCCGGGGCAGAGAGCGAGAAAGAGAGAGAUCCAAACUCCCGUCCUCGCCGUUCACACCUGAACGGGUACUCCUUAGCUGUACGUCAUCCUCUUGACUGUCUCGUAUGCGCGAUUGCUAUCCGGAGGGAGCCGUGCCUUGAGGAGAAUUGUUGCCGAUCCCCGCCGACCGACCCCCUUGUAGAACGCACAUCCAUAUUGCACGCCUCGCGCUUACCGCUGUCUCUUAAGUGUAACGGGGAGGCGUGCGCACACGUGCGUAUGAGAGGCUUCAGGAGGGCCCGAGGGGCCACGUUGUUACGCAGAGGCCCCGUGGGAAGGCCCAGAGAGGGCAAAGAUGGACCUUCAGCCCCGUUUAAGAAAGGGAUACUCCACUUGGUGGAAACGAUUUGGUGAGAUUGUCCCCGGCUCGACCCACCGAGGGGUUGGAUCUUGUGCCGAUGAAGGUCUUCAAAGCGAUCUCAGGAGAUCUAGAAAACAUCCAGAAAUCUAUGCUCCAUCCAGAGUUCGAUUCGCCCACGUGGCUUUUCAAAAAAGGAGGUUCAAAACCCCCCAAAUCCACUCUUCACCUCCCAACACUUCGCACACCCGGUUACCUUCCAAUUCACUCCGUUUCACCGUUUUAACGCUCCCGGGGGAUUCCUUUUCCUCGGCCGCCAGGGUACCGAUAACUCUAGGGGUUUUCUUUUUCGCUUGCACGUGGGUGCGCAUGUGUCUUAUUUUUUUCAAGUGUAUGUAUAAAUAAUCUUUUAUUUAUUGUUGAUCGGAGCAAAGAGGAGUUGUUUGGGGCCACAGGAUAGAAACUGCGUAGGGGGCUGAGGAUGCUUAACGGCUGUUUCCUCGUCUCGUCGGAAGAUGGUCCGAAUCAUGAUAACGGAAAAUGUCCUUGGUGUGUACAGGAGGUUGCGGCCUGUUGUAAUGGAGUCAUUCCAGAGUAGCUGAAGUGUCUGUGUGUGUGUGUGUGUCUGUGUGCGUAUGGUUGUUUAUAAAAGGCUGGUUGGAACAAAGAAAUUGUGGGGGAAACAGUUAACAAGGGUUUCAAACAGUGUUUCUCAUCCUGGGCAAUUUUAAAACGGGUGGACUUCAACUCCCAGAAUUCCCUGGCCACCCGGGGAAUUCUGGGAGCGGAAAUCAGAAUAAAAGAAUAACAAGAGUUGGAAGGGUCCUUGGAGGUCUUCUAGUCCAGCCACAGUUCAUUUAGUGAUGGUUCAAAGUUACAACGUCACUGAAAAAAAGCGACUUAUGACCAUUUUUCAGUUAUGACCUUCGCGGCAUUCCCCAUAAUCACACGAUCAAAAUUCAGACGCUUGGCAAUUGAUUCAUUUUAUGACCAUUACUGUUUUCCCUGAGUUAUGUGUUCUGCGACCUUCUGAUGAGCACAGUCCACGGGGAAAACCAGAUUCACUUAACAGAAGUUGUGAAUGCUCCAACACUGGAAAUUUUUAAGAAGAUGUUAGAUAACCAUUUGUCUGAAGUGGUGUAGGGUUUCCUGCCUGGGCAGGGGGUUAGACUAGAAGACCUCCAAGGUCCCUUCCAACUCAUAUUCUAUUCUAACAAUUGCAGUGACUCACUUAACAACUGAGGCAAAAAAAAAGUCAUAAAAUGGAGCAAACCUCACUUAACAACCGAAACUUCGGACUCCCUUGUGGUCGUAUGUCGAGGACUGCCUGUACCAUUUCAGGCACAAAUAGUUAUCCAAUCUCGUCUUAAAAACCUCCAGUGUUGGGGCACCCACAACUUCUGGAUUCAACUCCCCACACACACAAACACACCUGGCUGGGGAAUUCUGGGAGUUGAAGUCCACCCAUCUUUAAAAUUUGCCCGGGUUGAGAAGAAUCGAUCCAAGUAGCAGAGUUGCAAUCCAGAGCAGACCAUCCAAAUCCUCACCAUUGCAUUUUCCUUGGGGCUUCCUCACCGCGGCAUCCUGGAGAAGAAGGGGGGGGCGUGGAUGAGAGCUUUACAGGCCCCCACCCCACCCCAACCUGGUACCUUGUACAGUAUUUAUAUUUUGUCUGUGUGUGUGUGUGUGUUUUUUUUUUUAAUGCCAGCUCUUCACUGUUUGCAGAAGGGAACGGAGAGGCACGGAGAGCUUAGCAGCACUUAAUUUGCAGGUGGCUUUUUUUUUUUUAGGAACAUCAAGGAGGGCUUCCCCACCCCCCCAAAAAAAGAAAGAAAUAAUAACACCCCCUCCCCAAAGAAAUGUUGUGUUUGCUGCCCCAGAAAAUCAGGAGAGAAGCAAGACUGCGAACGAAGCAACAAUUACGCCUAAAAUGAAAUUUGAGGGUCUGCGCAUCAGCCGCUCUGUGUGGCCGUUGGAGGUGGCUAGGAAAGAAAUUGGAAAGGAACAGAAAUAUAAGAUUAUUGGAGCAUUAAUGAGAAUUUGUAGGGGAGAAUUUUAGUCUCGAUCUGGCCUUCCUUCGGCCAUGUAUUCCCGGAUGAGAACUUCAUCCAUCCAAUGCGGACUGACCCAUAUAUAAAUUGUCCCAAAUCUGGUUGUGUUUUGCAGCCUACAUCUCUUAGAGAAUGUGAGAAAAGGCAGAUUCCUAAUGCCCCAAAGGCAUAACUUUUUACUUGGUAGAGAGUCUUUUAGGAUAUAAUUAUCAGUAGAAGCCGAGCAAUUUGGAGACCAAUAACUUAAGCCAGUCUUAAGGGUGUUCUCUGAGCUACGUUGCUUUCUUGCAGACGUUUCACGACCCAACGAGGUAACAUCAUCAGUGCUAGAAGGGAGUGGGGAGAAGAUACCCCGAAGUCUUCUAUCACCAAUGAUGUUUCUUAGUUGGGUCAUGAAACAUGACCCAAGAAAACGACCAAUCUCAGAGAGCACUAAAGACCCCACAGUUCUCCUCCUCCUCCUCUUUUCCUCCACAAACCUCCCUCCCUCCUAGCAUUGAUGAUGUUACCUACCUGGGUCUUGAAACGUCUUCAAGAAAACCACCAAACUCAGAGAGCAACCAAGGGCCCCACAGAGCUACAGACAUUCCCUUCUACUGGUAGCAAUCUUAAGGAUUUGAAACAUAUCCACGGAGAAGUUAUUUGGGCCCCCAAAUUGUGCACUUGCUUCCAAUCUAAAUAAUAAAUCCCGCGCUACAGAUUUUCUUACCCCUCUUCGAAAUCCGAGCACUUAAAAUCACAGUCUGGACGACUGAGCUUCCUAAUUCACCCAAACUCAACACUUUGGAACGAAACUUAAAAUGUUAAUUUUAUCCGGUUGGUUUUGAAAUGAGACCAUAUCUUGUUCUUCGCAGGACUUCUGCACCUCUUCAGUUAUUGCUGAAUCCGUGAUACAAAACAUGCACCUAAACAUUGGGCUUUAACUUUUAGUUCAAACGGAUUUAACCUAGAUUUUGUUUUGACUUCAAGAUUUAUUUUGUUAUAACAAGAUAAUAUUAGGAUCGGGGUGGAUCUGACAAUAAAAGCAUUGCUUCCUCGGCUGAGUUUGAAAAGCCAGCACUUGGCUUAUUAUUACUUGGAAAGGAGGCCACCAGGAAAUCCCAGGCAGAAAACAGUUAGGGAGGAGGAAAAAACCAUCCUGGGAAACAGAAGUGGCAUGCAUUCUCUUUUGCGGCUGUGAAAGGAUCGUGGAGGUGCCAAAAUAGUCACCAGAAAUUAUGCUCAGAGGCUUUUGUUUUUCUAGAGCGGUUUUUGUCAGUCUCGGCAACAUGAAGCUUGGAUGGAUUUCAACUCCCAGAAUCCCCCAGCCGACGGGGAAUUGUCUACCCUCUUAACUUGGCUCUUUGAAGAGCAAAAAUCAGAUGGUUGUAAGCUUGAAGUCUCCUUCAAACACUGGGGACUCCAUUUUGUUGUGUUAGCCACAUCAAAGGGACCUUCCUGUGCCAAUUUUUGGGGCUUUCCCGACACCCUGAUUUCAUGUAAAAGCUCUCACAGAAGGUCCUUCCAAGCCUCUUAAUAUCUAGCCUUCAUUCUUCUGAACAUCUGCAGGAGGCCUCCUUACGAACCUUCCGAAAUACGUGUGGGCUUCUUCGUCCGUCUCCAUUUCUCUUAGGGCCAAAGUCUUACGAAACCAUCCAACCUCAUCAGCUUUCAGCCAUCGCUUCUCCCAAGAUGGACACGUCCAGCGAAGGGGGACCAACAGUCAAGCUGGCUACCACCAUCUCAACUGUUUUGAUGCUCCGACGUACUAUACAUCAUUUUUCUCCCUCGCGGUCACCCCCUGCCCAAAUAAAAUUUGGACAUCAACUUAACAACAGUUCAUUUAGCGACCGUUCCAAGUAACAACAAAGGCACCAAAGAAAGUGACUUACGAUUUUUCGCACGACUGUUGCGGCAACCCCGGUGGUCACACAAUCAUAAUUCAGACACCUUGGCAACCGAUUCAUAUUUAUGAUGGGAGCUAUGUCCCGGGGUCGUGCGAUCCCGUUUUGCGACCUGACAAGUCCAUGGGGAAGCCUGACUCACUUAACAACCGUGUCCCUCACUUAACGACUGCAGUGAUUUAACUGUGGAUAGAAAGGUGGUGAAAUGGGGCAAAACUCAUUUAAUAAGAGAAAUUUGGGACUCGGUUGAGGUUGUAAAUCGAGGACUACCUGUAUUAACCCCAAAUCACUCUAGCCUGCUGAAGGUAAUGAUUGUGGACCUAUCCUGACUCUCUAGACUUCACCGUUAUUUUCAGUUCUUUUUUUAGAACGCUAUCUCACCUGGCCUCUCUUCCCCCAAGCCGUCCUUGGAGGCGAUCCAAAACUGUCUCCAAAUUAUAAUUGUCUCCCAGGGUGGAAACAGGGAAAUUAUAACAUGUGAGAGGAGACCUUGUAUCACCUGUAUUUAGGUAGCAUUUGAACCAAUUUAGGGAUUUUGUUUUUCGUGGCCCUGGAUUUCUUGUUUUGUCUACAGUUUGGUAAACGUGGAGAAUCCUUUAAAAAGACCGAAUGGCUGAAUUCUUGGCUGAAAAGGGACUUCCUAACUUUCUUGAAGUUCAUAAGUUCUCCAUGUUGGCCACUUGAAGAUGUGUGGGCUUUCAACUUAGAGAUUUCCACUGGAAUUUGGUAAUUUUUCCACGGUAACGUGAAGACGUGUAGACUUCAACUCCCAGAAUUCCCCUGAAAAUUCGUAAUUUCUCCACUUUGGUGCUGGAAGAUGGGUGGAUUUCAACUCCCUGGGAAUUCAUAAUUUUUAAGAAUUUUAAGAAAUGUGGACUUCAACUCCCAGAAUUCCCUAAUUUCUCCACUUUGGCACUGGAAGAGAUGUGGAUUUCAAUUCCUAGAAUUCCCAUGGAAAUUCAUAAUUUCUCCACUUUGGUGCUGGAAGAGAUGUGGACUUCAAUUCCUAGAAUUCCCCUGGAAAUUCAUAAUUUCUCCACUUUGGCCAUUUUAAGAAAUGUGGAUUUCAACUCCCAGAAUUCCCUUGGAAAUCCAUAAUUUCUCCACUUCAGCGCUGGAAGAUGGGUGGACUUCAACUCCCAGAAUUCCCCUGCCAGUGCCACAGUGAAGAAUUGAUCUCUACGCUAAAUUCUAACUCUAUGAUUCUAUAAGACUUCAGCUGAGCUUUCACGCAGGAUUAGAAUCCCUGAAUUUAUAAGGUGAAAGGGUUCUUAGAGGUCAUCUAUUCGAACAACUUAAUACAGGUAGUCCUCGAGUUACAACAAUUCAUUUAGCAACUGUUCAAAGUUACAAGAGCACUGAAAAAAGGGACAUGACUGUUUUUCACACUUAACGACCCUUAAAGCUUUCCCAUGGUCAGAAUUCAGCCACUUGGAAACUGCUUCACACUUAUGACAGUUGCCGUAUCCUGGGGUGAUGUGAUCCCCGUUUUGCGACCCUUCUGACAAAAAGUCAACGGGGAAGCCAGAUUCACUUAACAACCGUGGCAAGAAAAGUUGUAACAAAGGGCAAAACUCACUUGCAACAGAAAUGUUGGGCUCAAUUGUGGUUGUAAGUUGAAGAGUACCUGUAGAAAAUUUUACUGGGGCUCAGAGUUUCAAGAAAAUAAGCAUCAGGAAUUCUGUUUGGGGACCCAAAAAAAAAGGAAUCACUAUAAUUUUCAUUAAUGAACUUGCUAGCGAUUUUCAAGCUUGGCCACUGGAAGAUAGGCUGGGGAAUUCUGGGAGUUGAAGUCCACCCAUCUUCCAGUGGCCAAACAAGAAACACAGAAGCCAUUGUUGUAGGAAACAGCCAUUUUCUUCAAACUCGUUCUAAAGUGAUUUUAUUAAUUUUUACUCUUGUUAUACUCCUGGAUGGAUAUCUCUCUACCCUUCAUCAACCUUUGCCACCAACGCUUCAUCCUCUCCUCCAAAUUUACGCCGCUCCCCACACCCAAAAGCAAACAGAUGUUAUACUUUACACCUUGUAACUUUAAGAGAAACUUUUGAGGCCUUUCUUCCCACGAUAACUCCCAUCACCGACCAUGAAAACCUCUCUCCUUAGAUUUUUCCCCAUAUGACAUUUUUGGGCUCAGCUUUGGCGAGAGAGACAAAAAUAAUAACUCUCUGUACAUGCUCAGAAGGGUCUCUCCACAACUCGUCCCUUGCAUAUGGCUACCGGUUGUGACGAUUUCCAGACGGAUGUGCAACACCCAAGAAAUAUAAUCCCAGUUUAGACCAAAACAGGAAUGGUUAGAUCAGGGGUCCUCAAACUUGGCAGCUUUAAGACUUGUGGGCUUCAACUCCCAGAAUUCUCCCGCCAGCUAUGCUAUGCUGGCUGGAGAAUUCUGGGAGUUGAAGUCCACAAGUCUUAAAGCUGCCAAGUUUGAAGACCUCUGGGUUAGUCAUCCAGAAUAAAUUGGCAGGAAUUAAAUCACUCCAACCUGCAGAGCGUUGAAAGAUUGCCCUAGUCCUGAUCUUGUAGCACCAACAAAUGGACGUGGUAUCCAGGUUGGUGCAGACCCCCCCCAACCGUCAUUGGCAAAUGCAUCUUGCUUUUCUCCCACAGCAUCAUUUUUUUUGAACCCCCUUGGUGGGUUCGAUGGACCCCUUCGGCUUCUGACGUCUUGUAAAUAUUUGGUAUAUAUCUCACUUCCUCUGUAAAUAUUCCCCCCGAGUCUUUUUUUUCGUUGUUGUUUAUUGUAUUUUUGGGAUGGUCAAGGCGAAUUUAAUGGCAUAUUUUUAUAUAUCUUUCAGGAGCACAAGUGAGGGUUCUCGGUCACAGUUUUUAAGUUAUAAUAACGGUUCAGCGUUAAGUGUGAAAGUGUGAGAGUGUCAGAUUUCUUGCCGAAACAUUACUGGUUUUAGCAAAGUGUGAUAUGAUGAUGAUGAUGAUGAUGAUGAUGAUGAUGAUGAUGAUGGAUUUGGUUGGGUUUUAUUUUUCCUGUUCAUCACUGUGGGUUCUCGGUUAUUAAAAAGUCACUGUUGUCAGAA